AUGAUAAUAUUGCAUCAUUUCUAUUUAAGAAAUUUUCACAAAAAUAAGUUCAUAAUUUGCAUUGGUAUUAUUAAGAAAUCUUGGUUAAAAAUUAUAGAAUCCGCUUGUCUUGAAGAAAAUAUUUUAUUAACUUUCUUAUUAAGUUUUAUCUUCUCACCAUUACUAAAAAUUACUAAAAUAGACUUUGAAUGUUUAAUAGCUUGUAAUUUAAAAAAUUCAACUAACCCAGAAGUAAUGAAACAAUGA